ACGUAUAGUCACUGUUUUCUAAGAUUGUAUAAUACGCCAUCAUUGUGUAAACGGCAUGUGACGUCAGUCAAAGAUGAUGAAAUAAUGCGAUUUCAUUACAUUACCGUCACCUGGAAAGAAAUUUCUAAAUUUUGUCGAAGUCUUUCAAGCAAAAUAUUCCAUUUAAACUGUGGAAAUACAAGACUUUGGAUAAUACUGCUUCAAUUUAUGUUUAUUCAUUAUAUAAUCACCUUGACGUUAGGCUUGGCGAGUGGAAUGGCAAUUCUUGACAAAGUGUAUUUAAACGACAUUGGACUAGUCAAGCAAACAUACAGGCCGGUAGCCAAUGAUUCUAUGCAAAAAGUUUCACCGUGGACACAAAACGGAAAUAAUUUAUAUAUAAAUCGAAACAAGUGGAAAAAUAACUUAAUGAAAAGAUUAAAAACAGCAAGGUCAAGACUGCGAAGAAAUAUUGCCAACAACCCAAGUCCUACUGUAAAUGUAAUUAAUACUUGGCCACAUACUUGCCGUGUUAUUACCCCACGCAUUCCCAAACUGCCGGUUAUCUAUGAAUGCGUGCCACAGAUACUAAAUCCGGUGGUUGUUGAUCUUUCUCAUUCUACGCCGACAGUAUUAGUAGUGGAACCAACUUCACAAGUGGUAUCCGGAGGUUCUAUGACUCCGAACACUACAACUCUCAGCCCAACUAACAUGUAUGCUCUUCGUGACGUCAUAACGCAAUUUGACGUACCCGAUGAUGUCACUGAGUUGAGAAUGUGGUUUCAAGGGAUUGUAUCCAUAGAAGGAUCAUCUUUUCAUCGACUGAAUAAAUUGAAAGUACUCAAUCUCCAACAUAAUCAAAUUUCCUACCUCUCUAUCGAUGCAUUUCGAGGCCUUUCCGAACUUCGUGAAUUGGAUUUAUCGUACAAUCGAGUCCAAGCAAUACCGAGUCUUACAUUCAAAUACCUAAGUAAUCUUGAAGUACUUCACCUACAUCACAACGAAAUAUCUUACGUACAAAACUCCAUGUUUUGCGGACUCAAAUCCAUUUUAACUCUUGACUUAUCCUACAAUGAAAUUGAUGAUGUAGGACCACAUGCGUUGCGGCAUUUCAGAUCAGCUUACACAUUAUCCAUUGAACUGGGACAUAACAAACUCAGGAUUCCUAAAAAGGAAUGGCUUCUACGAGCACCAACUAAGUUGGAAAACGAUCCGCUGUGCGAAAAAGCGAAGGAAAAAGAUGGGAAAAUCAGAACUUUUACGAAACACUCGAAAAGAGAUGAAAAAACUGUUCCCAAUUCGCCUGGUUUUUCCAUAGAUAAUAAAGUAAAGCCAGAAGGCGAACUGGCGGCGGAUUCUGAAGCAAGCGAAGAGGGCCCGAUCGUAGAACAAUCGCCUGUUCGUAUUCUCCGAGCAACACACAAUCCUUGGUCAUGUAAGUGCGACUCACAGUUUUGCCUUGUUCAAUUUUUGCGUUUGUACAGAUCAAUUAUGACGUCAGAAUUUGAUGAAAAUGACAAUAAGGUAUUUGAAAUCUUUCGCUACAACGAAAUCAACGAAACAUCAGGCGAUUUGAAACCUGUAAAGAGAGAUACAUCGGAAAAUAUCACAAAUGUAGCAGUUCCCCAGUACGUCAAGUGGUAUUUUACAUUGCCUUGUGACUCGAAUGAUGAAUUUAGCGGCUACGAUUUAGGAAGACUAACCCCUAAACAGCAAAUUAAUAUCGAAAAAACGUGUUGCCAACUUAUCAAAAGUAGCGAAUCGGUUAAAAAAAUUAUGAAUCAGGAUGAAACAUUCGGUGAAAUUUGCAAAGACGAAAACGACGACACUGACGGUCAACUCACUGAAAACCACGUCACUGUCAUAGGAAUUGUCAUUGUGUUCUGUACCCCGAUACUUUUAACCUUAUGUCCAGAUUGCAACCGGACUGUGGUGCCUACUUCAGGUGGGGGAAUGGUCGCCGGUGGUAAAUUUGGUGGAGGCGCUUUGUCUACUAAUAAUAAUAACAAUAAUAAACCGAGGAGCGGGCUAUGGAAAGAAGAUCGGAAACCGUUUAACAAUGAUAGGUUUUGUCUUGUGGUGCAGCAAGUUGAAACGAAAUCACGCCGGUCGUUUUAUGUCGAGGAGGUGGUGUAGUGUACAAGGCAAAAUGUACCUAUAAAAGUGCAUGCUCGUUUGAAGCACGUUCGAUGGCAAUAUAUAUGGUGGAUCUUGGUGUUGAGACGAUUCGCCAAGUGAAGUGGCGUUGGAGGCCGUAUACGUGAGAUGGAUUUGCUCUGAAGGGAUACAACACAAGCGUUCUUGGUAUGAUGUUUACUGGAGAUAUCAUGUAUUUGGCAGCGAAAGAAUUGAUAUAUGUUAUUUGUAUGGUGGAGGCUGAGUUAUUCUCUCACGAAAAAGUAUUUUCAAUUGCCCGUGAUCUGCCGGCUCGCUCGUCUACAGAGGACAAAUUGUCAACGAUAAUGAGACAAAUUUACGAUUAUCUAUUUAAUACUCUCUGCUUUUUUCACAAAGUGUUAUACCUGACCUGAUUCGAAAAUGUCUUCAUGUCACAACGGGAAUUCAAAAUUUACACAGAUUAGCUACGUGCUAAAAUUCUUUAUUUUCACUGUAUUUGGGUAAUAUGCUUUUUUACUCGAUGUUCAUAUUCUCAAAAUCCGUUAACGUAAGUAGUAUCCUGCAGUUCCGUGAUGAAUUUGACAUUGUAUGUUUCUUUCCAUAAUGUCGGCUGAGGUUUUAAAUGGGUGCUUACAUAGUCUUGUGUCGUCAUGCUCAUUUAAGUGCAAUUAGCAGGUUUCGAUCAAUAUUUUGGUCAACUUGGCCGAUUGACUAACUUAUCAAGUCCAUGCAUCUGAACUGAAACUAAUAAAUAUCUGGUGACCAAUUCCAACACACGAUAUGGAAAUGUUACUGGACGAUAGGCCUUGGUUCGCUAUGUCAUUAGAUUUCCUUACCGACUUUUUUCGCCCCUAGGAUAAAUAUGAACGUAAAAACUCUACACUUCAAGCAUUUUUUCGGUAUGUUCUUAAUCCGUGCACACUUUAAAUAUUCGAAAUUGGCGGACUAAUCGAAAAGCAGAUUAUUAUUUUGAAAUCAACUCGAGAUAUUUUAUAUAUAUAUCGGUUGUUUGGAUUUUUAUUUAGAAUUUGUAACUGCUUACCUAUCGACAGAUAUCAAUGGCCGCUUGUACAGGACCCGGUUCAUAGUGAAAAACGCGAGUCAGCGUUAUAAAUAGAUCCGAAGAAGCUGCCACUUGAAUACGUAAUCUCAUAAAGUUCAAGUUGCCACUUGUCUACAGAAUUUAUUACAUCUUGGUUUGAUGCCGAAGAUUCAAUAGAAAUAUAUGAAGCAUGACUUUUAUCGAUCUUGUUUCAUUAUUCAUUUACAAACUUGGAAAGAUCUUGCUAGUAUAAAUAGGCAUUGGCGGAUAAAUGAAGUGUUUUAUAUGAGAGUCAUAUGUUUAUUAUUACUAUAAAGUUUUUGCAUCCUAUUUGUAGACAAACCUAAUUAUAUUGAAUUGAUAUAAAUAAUUUAUUUCAUUAUUUGAAUGGGGUGUCUGCUUCACAUGUGGUGCGACUAACUCUUGGCGUCUUAGUGCAACAUCAUUCAGGUUAUUUUGAAUUAUUUAAUAAAGUACAAGUAUUUAUAUAAAACAAUGCACUUAGUGGGCAGUGCAGGGCAAGAAUCACAUAUGCCGUCUAUUUGGCAGCCCAAUAGCGCACAUCGAAGCAUGACGAUUGGGGACAUACGUCGAAGAUAGAACCAGUUGCAUU